GGCAAUGUAAGCAAAACAACCAGUGAUCAUGGCUGACAUCGACGUGGAAGACGAAAACAUUCUUACAACAAUAUUUAAAGAUUCCUUUCCAGAGAGCUGGCAGGAGAAUCCGGACUUCCUGCAGUACCUGGUGGAACUCAGCUCCUAUGGCGCUGAUCGACUUUCCCGGGAGCCGGAGCGGCUGGCAGAGGAGAAGAGUCAGAUCUUGUCAGAGACGCAGGACCUGGCCUUUCACAACUACACCACGUUCAUACAGACGGCAGACUGUUCAAAAGAGAUCUUCCAGGACCCGUCGCAUGAACAGCCUGACCCUGCAGCGACACACGCAGCUCCUGGAGGUGCUGGAGAUGCCCCAGUUGAUGGACACGUGCGUACGGAACGGCUACACGGAGGAGGCUCUGGAGCUCGGCGCACACGUCAAGCGGCUGGAGAAGAAGCACGGCAACGUCCCUGUCAUAGCUAGCAUCGUAGAAGAAGUGAAGGCCUCAACGCAGCUGCUGCUGACCCAACUGAUACAACAGCUGCGCACAAAUCUGCAGCUUCCCGCCUGUCUGCGCGUCAUCGGAUAUCUCCGCCGGAUGGACGUCUUCACAGAGGCCGAGCUGCGCAUCACCUUCUUGCAGGCAAGAGAUGCGUGGUUUCAAAGCAUACUGGAGGCUAUACCUUGGACUGAUCCCUACACACACAUUAGCAAGACCAUCGAGGCGAGCCGUGUGCACUUGUUUGACAUCAUGACCCAGUUCCGCGCCAUCUUCUCUGACGAGGACCCGCUGGUCAGCUCCGGCCGGGCGGAACCGGUCACUCAGUCCCUCAUCUUUCACAGCUGGGUUCUGCAGAAGAUUUCCCAGUUUUUGGCGACACUAGAGAAUGACCUUGCCCAGGGAGCAGGAGGUCGUCUGGACUCUAUCCUGGGUCAGUGUAUGUACUUCGGUCUGUCCUUCAGCCGUGUCGGGGCCGACUUCCGUGGACUCCUGGCCCCCAUCUUUGAGCGGGCGGCCAUCAACUAUUUUGCCUCGGCCUUGAAGGAAGCCAACAAAAAGUUUGAGGAGAACAUGCAGUCGUACAACCUGCUGGGGCUGACCACAACGGGCGGGCUGCCGUUUGGCAUGGGUGCCUCUCAGAGCGGCCAGCUGUACCCCCCGACUGCCCUACUAGACUUCUACCCUCUGGCCGCCUACUGUAACCACGUGCUGGCUGCCUUCAACGACCUUCGCCUCUGCUCACCUCUGACCUUAGCCUGCCGGGUGGCCGAGGAGCUGCAGAGGUCAUUGCUGGAGGUCAAUCGAGUCAUCCUAGCCUUUCACAGAGCGGAGGAGACGACCUUCAACCCCAAAGAGCGCGACCAGUUUGAGCAGUUCUGUGCGGGCUACGCCGCGGAUCUCCUGCCAUACAUGAACAAAUGUCUCCAGGCCGUGUUCCCGCCCGCUCAGCUGGCCCAAGCGCUCGGCCUCUCCGUCUCCGAGAUUAACAGGAAGGUGUGUGUUGGCCAGGUAGACUUGAAUGCCGUGCUGUCCAACAUAGAACACCUGAUGCCCACCCCUCCCCCUCCCCCCGAGCCUUCGACGGUGCAGGCACUGGCCAACGCCAAUGACGAGCCCACCGAGCCCGUGACCUUCACUUUGGACUCUGCCGGUGCUGAGGAAGAGGAGGGGGAGGGAGAGGAGAAGAAAAAGGGUGAGGAGUUAGAGGAGAGAACAUCGACGACGGGGGUGGCGACAGCUUCUGAUGCUGACGCGGCUGCAGUUUCUGCCGGGGCUGUCUCGAUGACCUCUGACGACAGCAAGGACAGCAGUGACAUGACGACAGAGACAUCGACUGAGAAGGCGCUGUCGACAACUUCUGCCAUUGCAGGGGCGGGGCUUGACAUUCCGUUGGCUGAGCCCCAACCCUCGUCCGUUGUGGCCGAGGAGGUGGAAGAAAAGGAAGACGGAGGUGGUUGGAACACUGAGCCGUUUGAUCUUGAUAACCUAGAUAAUUUGACUUUUGACCCAUCAGGACCUUCUGUAGACCUUGACCUCCUACCCACACCUGCAGGGUCAGAGGUCAGCGGAGGGGCUGGCAAGAGUGACGCAAAACAAGAUUAGGUGUAAAUGUAGAUUGACGUGCAAUUGUCCCCCCUCCCCCUCCCUUCCUGCAGUGGAUUGACAGUGGAAGUUUGGAGGGGGGGGGGAGUAAAUAAUCUCACUUUACUUAAGCAGGAGGGGGCAAGGACUAAAGGACAUUAUAAGGACAUGAACAUGGAUUGGGUUCUUUAGAUGUACGGAAACAUUAUAUGAUAUUUUGACUUUGAUGCAUCAAUGUCUCUAUGUCCUCUUUCUUUCUUCCUUUGUCUUUCUUCUUCUUUUAAACCUAAUAAUCUGCCGUCAAAAUUACCUGUUUGUGUCCAAUGGAGCAUUAAAUUUCCGUCACGACAAAAAGAAUAAGUCUCUAAUUCUAAAACGUUCAGGGCUUCAGGCUAGAGAGAUGCUUCACUCAAGCGGAAACAGCAAUGACUCUUGUGAUGGAAGUGAUUGAAAGAUGUGACUGUGGAUACUCCCUAACUUACGGAUGUCUAAUGAUGAAUAACGUAAAUGUGGAAACUGCAGAAGUACAGAUACAUGUGUUUUAUUUUGAAGUUUGAUACGCGAUUGUGUUUGUCUUCUUUUUUCCUCCUCCUUUCUUUACUCUUCUAUUUGGGCCAAGUGUUUGGCUUUCAAAAUUGUCUGUUUUUGUCUUAAAGAUUAUUAUUAUACUCCCGUAAGGCAAAAGGUUACUAAUACCGUCUUGGCUUCAAGCAAUAGAGAUGCUUCUGCCUGUGUGUUGAGGUGCUGCUCUUUGAUCCUAAUAUUGUGGGUUUGAGUCCUGAUUGUUAGGUGUUUGGCAGGUGCUCUGGUGUGGUUUGCUUCUUCUUUCCUAUGAAACAUCUACCGUCCUUAUCUCCCCUUCUUCUUUUUUGUGUUUGU